GGCUGCCAGCCCUCUGGGUGCCAACUCCUUGGCAUCAACUGUGGUGCCUACCAUGGGGGCAGCAGCAGGUCAAGUUGUCAACGCAGUGCCACUUGGGACUGGUCAGGCCACGCCUUCUGCCGUUGCUGUUCCUCCGCCGCUGGCUAGCACACAACAGCCGUUGGGAGCAGCAGCUACUUUGGGCGUAGCCUCACCAUUGAGCUCAGCAAUGGGCUCCGGUCCCUUGGGGGCCACAACGGUGCGCGCACCACUCAUGGUAGCAGUGGACUCAAUGAGCAGCCGACAACAGCAGCAACAUCAGCAGCAGCUAGUUUCCCACAGUGCUCUGCACGCGCAGCCAACAGGCUUCACGUCCACAGGUUUGACGGCGCAUAGUAACUCCGGAAGCGAUGGUGUGGUCACUUCUCAGCCAUCUUCGGCACCUGCGCAGCCCUACAGCUGUGUGACACCAUCAAAUCUGCUUUCACCUACACACAGCUCAACACCACCGAAUCACAACACUUCGCCCCGUCCUAGCAUUUUGAGGAAGCGGACGUUUGAAAGUGCCCACCUGAGUGUAAAGAAAAACCUCAUGGCAUCGCUUCCUGGAUCGGAGCCUGCCAGUCCUCGUUCUGAAGCACCUGCAUCACUUUCAACUACUUCUUCACCGAAACCUGCAAGUGACAUUCAGCAGGAAAGCAGCAAUAGCAGUAGCACCGCAAGUGACCCACUUUUACCAGAGGCCUCCAAGUCAUCGUCCUUGCCUAUAGUCAAUAUCAAGCAAGAGCCUCCAGACACAUGUGAAACACCUCCAAAUGGAAAUGCCUCGGUCCUGCCUGCCCAUCAAAAUUCUACAGUGGAGGCUUCGCCACGAAAGAAACCAAGAAAGCAGUUACUCUGUGCAAAUGAGUUUUUGGACACCCAUUCUACUGAUGGAGAUGAUGACAUUGAAAAGGAGAGUCGGGAAAAUCUCAAGAAGGAAUUCUCACGGGGAGAUGACUUGAAGUGUGUGGCCUUCUGCAAACGUCCAAGCAUGUCACUACUGACAAGCUACUCCCACAACUGGAAAACACGCCAAAAUCAUUUCAUCAGGCACACUGACGUUAAGCCAAAGGAUGACAAAAAGCAGACCGUUAAUGAUUUGGCUAACCAGAAAGGUGUACUGCAGAAAGCCAAUGGCUGGAAGGUUUUCCACUUGGCGUCGCAGAUGGAGGAUGUGGUCGACCUUGAGGAUACAGUCCACAACAAGCUGUCACACCUGUUAAACUUUAUCGAGGACAAGCCACCAGCAAUAAGACUAAAGCCACUCAACGUGGAUGAAGAGCGAAUACUCAACAAGAUUAAUGACCUCAUCAAGGGCAACCUUCAGCGCAGCAAGAUUGUGCAGGACCAAGUGACAGAAGCUAAGCAGCAGGUACUUAAGGUGCUUGAUCACAAGCCUAGAAUAGUAGAGAUCAUCGGCAAAUAUGUGAGUAAACGGCCGCUCAAGAAGCGAGAGAAGAUGUGACUCCUGGCUCCCACCACUCCAUUUUAAACCUCACCACAGCCCUCGCCACCCAUAACGCACCCUGCUGCGGGUUCAGGACCUGACCCGGCCAGAGAGGUGGCUGCUAGGGGACAUGCAGACAGUAUGCACAAACGUAACUGUGUGUGUGCGUGCAUCGUUUCCCCGUGUCAUCACAGUGCACUGUAUACUCCUCAUUACCGUUUUUCUAUUAGUUUUUUUUUUUUACGUAAUCAUGCUUUCAUUGUUGUAAAAUAGGGACUUGGCUGGCUGCCUUCAUCUCGGAUAGGCAUGGGCCUUUGUACAAAGAUCACCUCAAGGACAUCAUUAGUGCAGAGAUGGAUGGCACUGCUCGUGGAAAGACUGAAACAAGGGUGAAGGCCAUCCUGACCUUCACCUGCUCGGCCCGUGUACAGCUGUUUUGCGGUGAGGGAAAGGACCUUAACAGGCCUUCUUUCGGUGGCGCGUUACCCAAGUGCGACAUUUGGAACAGACUUGUGCAUAGCAGUCAAGGCACUUAACUAUACACUCUGCACAUUGCUCACUACGAUGAUGUGGCCAGCCAUGGUGUUUUGUGCAUUACAUUGUUCUCAUUUAGCCCUGUUUUUUGUUAUUUAUGUAAAAUAUACUUGUUUGUUUGAAGCCCUCGUUUGUUUUAUAUUAUACUAGCUAUUUGGCUUAAUUGUUCACUCUGGCAUGUGUAGCGCUGAUGCAGCUGCCUCCGUACAAAUGAGGAGGUUGUUUCCGCAGCUCAGGUUAAAGGUCCCCGUCAAUCUUUCCCUUUUUCUUCUCCUUCACUUCUUCUUCAAUACAAGCAUUAGCACUUAUUCUAUCUCUUCCUGUGCGCCGGUCAGUCACUCGCAUCCGAAAAAAAUCUCACAUAAAAGGCCUGCUGCGAAGCGUGACGUAGCUGCUGGCUUGCCCGCAAUAAGUCAAUGCAAACAGCACGAAUCAACAUUCCUUGCUACCGUAGAGGUCUCUUGCUGUGCAGUUUAAGAAAUCGGAGCUGUUUCUUCCUUACACUUGCACACUCGCCUACUGGCAUUCAGUGAUGUCAUCAUGUUCACACUCUACUUGCAACUUGUAUGCUGCAUAUGCUUGUUUGUAAGAUGUUUGUAAAGAUAUGUGUUGUGAAAACAUAGGCUUGUCUGGACAAGCCAAAGCCUGACAACUGUUGUGCGAGUAACAUUCUUUAUCGAAGCUAAGAGAUGAUGAUGUUGUGUUGCCAGAAGGAUGCAUAUAUUUAUGGCCAAGAACAUUUAUUGUAGCUGCAACACAAGAUGAAUUGUUUACUGUGUUGAAUAAUGACUGAAAUGAUUGCUCUCUAAAUGUUCAGAGCAUUAAGCUAGAAGAUGUCAGUGUGACCUUGAAGGUUUUUUAACUUGAAUGCUGUGGUGCUUGGCUUCUCGAAUCGCUAAGUUUAGAUAGUGUCGCCUAUCAUUUGUGUAGAGAUAAAGAUACAGUUUGCAUUGUAAAGAGCUACAUCGUGGGAAUGAGCAUGUGUGAAAUCAAAUGACAGUUCAUGUCUUCAGUCUAGAUGGCAGCCCUGCUAAAAUGGGGCAUUAGUUUCAAAAAAAUUGAAAACAUGAAUAUUUAAUUAGGAAGUAUUUCUCUUGAUAAGAUUGGCUUCCAAUCUGCCCCUGUAAUGACUUUCAUUGAGUAAAGCUUGAUUAUUGCGCUUUUGGGCGCAGCUAGAAACAACUUUCAUUCUCCCCAAAACUUGUUCUGUCUUAAUACUAAGUAGAUGUCAAAGAUUACUGCUUUCUGAAAUCUAGAAUCUUUACAUUGCAAACUCUAUUUACAUCGCAUUUGUCCGUCUCGGCAAGUACGGCCAGCAGAUGGGUAACACAGAUGAAGACACUCUCUCAACAUCUGUCUCUAGUUAUUCCUAUCUGCUAGCCCUUACAAUGUCGUAGUCGUCUUUUCAGGCCGGUACUGCUUCGCUGUUUUUAUUUAGGGAUGGAAGCGGUCAUAUGUACAGUCGUCAGAGAAAAUUGCCUUAAACAAGUAUGCUUGUGCCAAGAUUUUAAGUAUGUUGCUUGCUAUCUUUUCUUACCUGCCAAUGCAAUGGAUCCUUGCAAGUUUUAGACACCUGCUCCUCGAACGGUUUCAGUGGUGUUGGUCAGGCCUUCAUGCUGCCCUUAUAGCUCGUGUUUAUGAAUUUACAGGGGAGGCCUUGGUCGUGUGACCAUUCUCGUGUAUGUUUUUUUUUUUCUUCAAGUUUGAAAUGUGAAACAACGCGAGUGUCACAUGUCGUCUACCUGUUUCUCAUUGAGACACCAAUGAAAUGACGCUCUUGUAACAUAGGCAAUAACGUCUGACGCAAAGGAGCUCAGCGACUCAUGUUUUAAAGUGCAUUAAAUUAUUUUCUCCAUCCCCCGUCUGCACGUGGUUGCAUUUGUAUGCGCAUUUGUCUUUGGUGCUGUCAGCUGUAUGCACACCACUCGUAUCAUUUUCCUGCAUUGUAUAAAUUAUCAUAGCUCUUAUGUAUAUCUAUAUCUAUCUAUAUACGUGUGUGUACUUGCUUCAACUUGCUAUAAACUAGACGCAGGAAAAAGCAUGUGCAAAGUAAAUAGUGUUUACCCCCUUAUUUUCAGGAUUUUAGACUCGUGUUUGGAAAUGCUUUUGCUUAACCGCUGCCUGUCUUGGUCAUGUUACAUAAAAAUGAAUUCAAUCGAUCUCUUGUCUG